AUGGAAUAAUACCUAUAAUACAUUCAAACCUAAAACAAAGAUGUAUUGACAAAAAUAUAAUAUAAAUUCUUAUCAGAUGAAGCAAUAACUAGUGGAUCGGAUUAUGAUUUAGCAGGCAAGCCUUUAGAGGGAUAUAGAAUUAAAGAAAGGCGACGCUUCGGCCAAAAUUAUUAUAAGAGAAGAUUAUUAUCGACAAAGAAUGCAGUAAAGAGAAAGUUUAGUUUUAACUGGAAACGCAUUGCUAAUAAAUUUAGAAGAUUAUAUAGAAAAGCAAAAUCAGCAGUUACUUUAAAAUAGCCCUAUACUUUUAGCCCAAAUAGUUCAAUGAAAAUGUUAUGGGAUCUAUUAUGCUUGCUAUUAGUAAUUUACGAAAUGAUAACAGUCCCUUUGAUUAUAGGUUUUGAGAUUGAAAUAAGUUAAUUAUUUUCAAGAAUAAGUUCGACUAUAUUUAUGUUUGAUAUCCUAGUCAAUUUUAACACAGGUGUAUUUUUGGAGGGCAAAUUAAAUAUGAAUAGAAAAGACAUAUUAAAGGAAUAUAUGAGAUUUUGGUUUUGGCUUGAUUUUGUUUCAGCAUUCCCUUAUGAUAUAAUAAUGGAUGAAUCUUCCUCAUUAGUUCAUAGUGCAAAAUUAAUACGAUUACUGAAAUUUUUGAGAUUUGUUAAAGUUUUAAAAUUAAUAAGGUUAGCAAAGUUAAAAAAAAUAAUUGACAAAUUUGAUGAAUUAUUAUCAAUGAGACCUCGUGUAGCAGCAAUCAUCAAUUUUUGUAAGUUAUUUUUCUUUGUGUUAUAUUUUGCUCAUGUACUUGGUUGUAUAUUCCAUUAUAUAGCAUACUAAGAGUCAAGUGAUCAUUCUUGGCUUGGAGAUAUUUAUUUUUCCGAUUGGACUGUUAGGUAUGUAAAUUCUUUGUAUUGGGGAAUAGCAACAAUGACUACUGUAGGUUAUGGUGAUAUAAGUCCAUAAACACCUCAAGAAAGAUUUAUUGGAAUUCUCCUUCUAUUAAUAGCAUGUGGAGGCUUUGCUUUUACAAUGAAUUCUAUAGGAUUUGCGCUCUAAGAAAUUGAUGGACAAAAUAAAUUGAAAAAAGAAAAAAUUAAGGGUGCAAAUAAGUUGAUGAAAAAAGUCGGCAUUUCCAAUCACUUAUAGAAUAGAAUUAGAAGAUAUAUUCAUUUCGUAAUGGAUUCUAAAUCCUUAGUUUUAUAGGAUAUAACUAAUUAAGUUUAAAAUGACUUAGCUCAUAAUUUAAGGAAAUGCAUCAAUGGAAAAUUACUUGGAUAUUGCAAUAUCUUAUUGAAGAAUACAUCUUAAUAAUUUCUAAUUGAGAUUGUCAUGCCAAAUAUGAAAGAAAGAAUUUAUAAUCCGGAGGAAGUUAUUUUUGAUGAAUUUGAUUUUUAAUAGAACUAUGAUAUUUUCAUAAUAAAAUUUGGAUUAGUGGAUAUUUUUUUUAAAAAAACUGGUGUAGUGAUUGAUCAAAAGAGAAAAAAUCAAUAUUUUGGGGAAAUCAGCUUUUAUUCAAAUUUGCCCAGAUCUGCUAGCGCGAGAAGUGCUAAUUUCUCAAGCGUAUUUCGAAUUUUUUAAAGCCAGUUUUAGAAGAGUUUAAAAGAAUUUCAAUAUUCUUCAUAAGCUUCAACUUGUCCAAAUUUAGAUUUAGAGCAGUACUACUCGAUAAGGAAUAAGAUAGUCUUUCAUAAGGAUUAUGGAUCUAUUGGUGUUCGUUGUUAUGUAUGUUCAAUGGAUGAUCAUAUUUCGAGAGAUUGUGAAAAAUUACAUUUUAAUGUAUCAGCUACACAUUAUAUUAAAUUCCUAAAAUUAUUUGAUAAAUUACAUUAAUCAGCAUACUUUCGAAGAGAUAGAAUUGAUUUUAAUGCAAGAAAAUGUAUCUCAUAAAUAAAAUAAGCAUAAAAAAGAUUUGAAACUUCAAAAUUAAUCAAUCUAAAAUUUAAAAGAAAGAAUUAUCUAGAGGAUCUUCUUAAUAGUUAUAAUUUAAUUGAAGAGGAAAUGUAAGAAAAUUAAAAUCCUGAGUAUCAAAUUUGUAAUCUCAAGCGGAAAAGUAAAAUAAAGAGUAUAAGAAAUUUGAAUGGUAAAUUGACAAAAAAGUAUACUCGUAUGAUUACUUACACAUCAAUAAGCGAAAAAUAUAUAGAAGGCUUCUCAUAGAAACUAAAUGAUUUAUUGUUAAAGGCAAGAAAAAAAGAGAUGGAGGAAAAAUUCAAAUAACUUUAAUUCAGUUCUAUUUCCAAUUUUGAUUAAAUUUAAGAAUUUACUCACUUUCAACCAGAAGGAAAUUUUUCAAUAGUUAUGUCCUAAUAUUUAAUCGCCUAAGAAAAAGGGUUUCCAAAAUUAAUGGAUGUUGACACUUUAUUUGGCAUUGAGGAAUUUUAGAAUUAUUCGUAGCAUUACUAUUAGUAUUUAGAAAUUGAUACAGAAAUUAAAAAUAGGAAAAAUUUUGUCGAGAUGAAUUUUGAGUAAUUGAGGUUGCUAAAUAUGAAUAGAAGAGAGAAAAAAAAAGAAAAAGUAAUAAAGGAAGCAAAUUAAUAGAUAAAAAAAUCACUUAUUUAAUUAAAAGUCUAUUAAGCAAUGAAUCUUAGUUUCAGAAAUCUAUUUGUUAAUUGA